AUCACGACGCUCAAGCGCGGCGGCUACUUCGGGGACCGCGCCCUCGUCGCCGACGAGAAGCGCAACGCGACGUGCCAGGCGGGAAAGAAGGGCGCCAAGGUGUUGGCCGUGGACCGCGAGGACUUCAUCGCGCUCCUCGGCUCCAUCGACGAGCUCGUGGAGCACGGCUCCGCGACGGAGGAGGAGACGGCCUACAGCGCGCGCAAGGCCGAGGCCAUC